UUUCAUAUAAAUUUUUUGCAAUAGAGAAAAAAGACAAACAACUAGAGAAGUCACGGCUUGGAAAGAUUAGUUGGCCAGCGCACAAAGAAAAUGGGAUUCUCGAUGCGACUUUGCCUCCAUUAGUCCAUUAAAGUCUAACCUUCUCCACCACCACCUCUCUCUCUCUCUCUCUACGCUUGGCCAGCCCAGGUGCUCAAUUGUGCAGCCAUUAUCACGGUAGGAAGAUAAGCUAGCUAGGCCAAGAACAGAGCAGGAGAAUGAGAAAAGGCAAAGAAAUGGGCAACUUAAGUCCAACAAAAGACCAUUCUUUUCCUUCUCUUACCAAGAAGCUUCUUCCAUGGACCUUUUAUGCUAUUAUCCCUUUUGUUUUGUUUCGUUUAUAUUUUUACCCUUGCCCUCUUCUUCACAAUAAUCCUGUUCUCAUCUCCACUUCAUCUUUUCCCUUUUCUCCUUCUCCUUCUACACUAGAAGCAAAAAAUUCUGUAGAAAAAACUCCAUGUGACUACACUAAUGGCAAUUGGGUCUAUGAAAAGAGAGGACCUUUGUAUAAUGGAACAACCUGUGGCACAAUCAAAGAAGGUCAGAAUUGCAUUUCUCAUGGCAGGCCUGAUACGGCUUAUCUUUACUGGAGAUGGAAACCAAAGCAAUGCAAUCUUCCAAGGUUUGACCCCAAUAUAUUUCUUAAUCUCCUUAGGAAUAAGCACUUAGCUUUUAUUGGUGAUUCUAUGGCUAGAAAUCAAUUGGAGUCACUUCUUUGCAUGUUAUCCACUGCCUCUGCUCCUAAGCUUGUUUAUAGAGAUGGUGAAGAUAAUAAGUUUCGCAGAUGGUAUUUUGGUUCACAUAAUGUCAACAUAUCAGUCUAUUGGUCACCAUUUCUUGUAAGAGGUGUGGAAAAAUCAAGUACUGGUCCAAAUCAUAAUGAAUUGUAUUUGGAUCAAGUCGAUGAGAAAUGGGCUGUUGAUAUGGAUGGACUUGAUAUGAUCGUGUUAUCAAUUGGGCAUUGGUUUCUCCAUCCAGCAGUUUAUUAUGAGGGUGAUUCUAUACUGGGUUGCCAUUUCUGUCCUGGUCUUAAUCACACUGAAAUAGGGUUUUAUGAUGUUUUGAGCAAUGCUUUAAAGACUACACUUAAGACUAUAACUGAAAGGAGAGGGACUAACGGCAAUGGGAUUGAUGUAAUUGUUACUACUUUUUCACCUUCACAUUUUGAAGGCGACUGGGAUAAGUUUGGUGCUUGUCCAAAAACUAAGCCUUAUCAUGAGAGGGAGAAAUCACUUGAAGGAAUGGAUGCAGAGAUGAGGAAAAUCGAAAUUGAACAAGUUGAAGCUGCAAAGUUGAACGCUUUGCAAUUUGAUAAGUUGCGAAUAGAGGCAUUGGACGUGACCAAAUUAUCGCUACUGCGGCCGGAUGGUCACCCAGGACCAUAUAUGUAUCCAUUUCCAUUUGCUAAUGGUGUUACUGAGCGUGUGCAAAAUGAUUGUGUGCAUUGGUGUUUGCCAGGGCCUAUAGAUACUUGGAAUGAGAUAUUACUACAAGUGAUUAAAAGAUGGGAAUAUGAAUCAAUAAGAGAAGAAUAAUUCAAGACGAAUGCGUCGACUUUGAGGGUUUGUCUUUGUCCUCAGAGUGAUCCAUUUUGGGUGGUGUUUAUUGCUCUUGAAGGGAGACAAAAGGAAAGAAGACAAACAGAAAGAGGUUAAAUGGUGCCAAGGAUAGUGAUCUUUUUGGAAUUCUUUUGUUUUUGGUUUUAUGUAAAAUGUACAAAUGAAAUCAAUCAACGUUUAACCACUUCUCACACAA